AUGGUUCAUAAAGUAGAAAAAGAAAAAAAAACUGAGGCCCAAGAAACACGAGUUGUUGCUAAAGAGCAAACGCAUGCAAAAGAAGAGAACAAUGAAAGUAAUAUUGCAGUUACAGAAGAAAAUACCAUUUCAAAUAAUGGCCAAGAAAUUGCUAUUUCAAAAAAUGACCAAGAAAAUGUUCCUUUGAAAAGUUCAGAAGAAAGACAGAAUGCAUCUAAUGAAGAAGACAAGGAACUAAAGCAAAUUCAAGAGUUUCAUGAUAUAAGUAAUGAGAAUGAACAUAACGAAAAUAGAAGCUUCUCAACAUCCACUCUUUCCAGUUUUUUCAAAGAAUAUGAGGAAAAUUCUGUGGAACAACAUUUUUUUUCGGAGAGCACUCAUACAGAACAUUCCAUGGAAGAUUCAAAUAAUGUAGAGACUAUAGCGAAUGCAGUUACAAAUGAUGUUUUAAGGUCUAACAGAAGUACAAGUUAUUCUAAACAGAAAAACGAAUUAACAUCUGUAACUUGUUAUGUAUGUGGAGAAACUGUAGACUUAAAUAUCUGGAGUGAUCAUAUAUUUGCUCAUAAUUUGGAUAGUAAAACUAUGCGUGAAAAAUAUUUUUCUAAUGAAAAAAGAAAUAACGCAAAUGUUGAUUGCUGUAAAAAAGAAUAUAAUUCGAAUUGUGAUGUUGAUAGAUAUGAAAAAAAAGAAAACAUAAAUAUCACGAAUUCUUCUUUAUCUAGUUCUUCUAAUGGUGCAUAUGAUAGUUUGAAUGAAUUAUAUAGGAAUAUUAAUGAUGAAAGGCAAAAGAACAAGAUCGCACAGAAGCCUAAGGAGGACGAUAACAACACGAAUUUGAACAUUAGUAACACUACUAAUGAUGAUAACACAAAAGGUACUAAUAGUUAUGAUAACGUCCGUGAUAAUUUCGAAAGGGAAAACAUAGAACAAGGGAACAUGUUUUAUAACGGCAAUUCUAAAAUUGAUACGUGCGGAUACAAUACUUCUCUAAGUAAUGGAAAUGAAACUACAGAAAUAAAGGAAUCUAGUAAUGUUAAUGAGAAGAGAAAUUCUGAAGAAAUUAAUUUACCAGGUACUGAAAAUUCCAAGGAAGACAUGGAAAUUAGUAAAUCACCAAAAAAUGAAGCAAAUAAUAAUGAUCAUGAUAAUAAAGAAAAAGAAGAAAAAAGGGUGAACGCAAAUAAAGAAAAAAUAACACAACAAUCAAGAUAUUAUAUUGAUGAUAAUUCACCUAUUAAUUAUUUCGGAAUACCAUUUAACAAUAAGAACGUAUUUACCAUAAGAGAUUAUAUGACAUCCAAUUUACAUGACAGAAACACAUCAAGGAUAUACGAAAGAAGCAUAAGAAUGAAUAGAACUUCAUAUUAUAACAUACUUGAGAAUUUUUAUAAAAGUAGAUUAGAACGUUUACAAUACAUUAGAAGGGAAAUGUAUAUUGAAUAUGAUAAGUUUAUACGUGAAAUACAUGAAAAAUAUAGAAGAACAGGUGAAUUUAUAUAUAGACCUACCAACACAAAUGGAAACUAUUAUACAGAUACAGCUAAUGCGAAUAUGGGAAAUAAUAAUAUGAAUUCUGGAAUAUUAAAUAAUAUAAACAAUCAUUCGUUUAAUGCAAAUAGAAAGAACAACAUGAUUUUAGAACAAAAACUAUAUGAUAAUAAAAGUACUGAGAGUUUUAAAAAUAUGAAUCGUCAUGAGGUACAAAGAAUUAAUAAUAAAAACACUAACAUGAUUAGCAUUAAUUCAAGUAGUAACAUCUCUAAGGAUAAGAACAAUAAUGUUACUAAUAGUCAUAGUGAUGACAAGAAUAAUAAACGCAAUAAUGAUAACGUAAAUAUUUUUAAUGGGAAAAGCAUACCUGGUACAAAAUUAAACCCUUGCAAUAAUGAAAUUAAUUCUGUAAAUAAUAUAAUGAGAAUAAAACCAGAAGAAUAUAAUAAUAGAAAUACAGAAUUUAAAUCUUUUAAGGUGCCAACAAAUGUUAAUGUUCCAAUAGCACCAUAUGUUUCUUUAAUGAAAAGGGAUAACUUACGAGGUUUCCAUUUGAAUACUGACCAGAGUAUCAAUAAGUUAUCGAAAAAUGAACAAACCACUCAAACAAAUAUAAAUAGAAACACUUCACGUAUGGAUAAUCGCCUUGAAAUAUUAACUAAUACAAAUAAUAAUAAUAAUAAUAAUAAUGAUAAUAGUAGUAGUAUAAAUAAUAGUAGCAAAAAUGAAGUUUCCCAGAAGAAUGGCAAGGAUAAUGAAAAUGAGAAUGAAAAUAAAAAUGAAGAUGAGGAUAAAAAUAAAAAUGAUGAUCAUAAUAAUAAGAAGGAGGAUGACAAUGAUGAUAACAAUAAUAACAACAACGGCAGCAACAACAGCAGCAACAACAGCAACAACAGCAACAAUAACACCAACAAUAACAGCAACAACAGCAACAACAGCAACAAUAACACCAACAACACCAACAAUAACAGCAACAACACCAACAAUAACAGCAACAACACCAACAAUAACAGCAACAACACCAACAAUAACACCAACAACAGCAACAAUAACACCAACAAUAACACCAACAACACCAACAAUAACACCAACAACACCAACAAUAACACCAACAACACCAACAACAGCAACAAUAACACCAACAACACCAACAAUAACACCAACAAUAGCAAUAACAACAAUAACAACAAUAAUAAUAAUAAUAAUACGAACAGAAACAUUAGUAGUAAUAAUAAUAGAAAUAACAAUAACAUUUACGAAUCUUAUGGUAAUAAUAUAUUAGUGGGUAGAAAUUAUAUAAGAAGUCCCAGUUAUGAUGAAAUUAAUUCUUUAAUUCGCCAUAUGUAUCGUGACAAGGGUCCAAUACAAAUUAUUAGACACGGUCCAUAUUGUGAUGAUCAAUAUAUUGUAAUGAACCCACUUCAAACAAGAAUGAGAAAUGUUAAUGUAGGUCAUAAUUCAAACGCUUAUGAUAAUAAUAGAUAUAGAACUUCUAAUGGACAAAAUUAUUCAGGUGGAAAUAACAAUAUAAUUACUACUAGUAGUAGUAAUAAUAGAGAUGGUAAUGCCAACAGAGAUGGUAAUACCAACAGAGAUGGUAAUGCCAACAGAGAUGGUAAUGCCAACAGAGAUGGUAAUGCCAACAGAGAUGGUAAUACCAACAGAGAUGGUAAUACCAACAGAGAUGGUAAUGCCAACAGAGAUGGUAAUGCCAACAGAGAUGGUAAUGCCAACAGAGAUGGUAAUACCAACAAAGAUGGUAAUGCUAACAGAGAUGGUAAUGCUAACAGAGAUGGUAAUGCUAAUAGAGAUGGUAAUACCAACAGAGAUGGUAAUGCUAACAGGGAUGGUAAUACCAACAGAGAUGGUAAUGCUAAUAGAGAUAGUGAUACCAAUAGAGAUAGUGAUACCAAUAGAGAUAGUGAUACUAACGGAGAUAGUGAUACUUAUGGAGAUAUAAAUACUAAUGUUAUUAUAAAUUCUUCUGAUAAUGCUAUGCCUGGAGUCGUUACACAUCGAGUUGUAAGAAAUGGAAAUCAAGACACGAUCGUUAUUAGUGUACCAUCUACUUCAAGAUGUUAUUUUGCCUUAUCACUACAAUCAUACCGUCAUGAUAACCCUGAAAAUUCAACACAAGGAAAUAUUAAUUCAAACCAAAAUAACGGUAUGAAUAAUCCCUUGUUCUUUUUUAGAGAAGGACAUAAUUUUUCAUGUGUUAAUUAUGAUAAGGAAAAAUCAGAACAUUCUAAUUUAAAAAAAUGUUGUAUUUGUUGUGAAAAUUAUCAGCAUAAUGAUAAUGUGAUAUUUUUACCAUGUACACAUAAUUUUCAUAAGGAAUGUAUUCUUAAAUGGAUAAGCAAAAAUACCACGUGUCCACUUUGUAAAAUAGAUCUUCGAAAUAGUUAUAAGAAGUAA